AAAUAAAACCAAGUUAAAAAUGGCGAAGAAACGAAAUCGGGUAGUGUAAAAUUGAGUAAUGGGGGUAGGGUUGUUAUUGGCAUGCCAUGGAUUGGUGACUGCGUUGGUGGUUGUUUCUUUCCUAUGCGGUCGAUGGCCUAUUUUCGAUGGAACUUUCAUUCAACGCAUUAACUACUUUCUCACUUUCGGUGCUUACGAUUACUUCCUGCGUUUUGUUGGCGCUGUUUUUGGCUCUAAGUGUACGGAUGCGGUGCUUUCUGUUGAAUAUUACUGCUGCGAUCGUCCUAAUCCUCUGUUGCAGAUUAUAUAUCUUGUGAUAAUCAGCUUUACAUAUUAUUUCGUUGCCAGCUCUUCCUUUGUGUAUAUCCCUGGAUACUAUUUAAGUGCAACUCACAAGUACACAAGCUUCUAUGCAGCUGCUGUUGGAAUCCUGCUUUUUCUCUUGACCAGCUUUUGUGAUCCUGGGACAAUAAAGGCUGAGAAUGUUUCUCAAUAUCUCGCUGCUUAUCCGUAUGAUAACAUCAUUUUUUCAGAAAAAGAAUGUUCAACUUGCAAAAUUCCAAAACCUGCUAGAUCAAAGCACUGCAGCAUUUGUAAUCGCUGUGUUGCACGAUUUGAUCACCACUGUGGAUGGAUGAACAAUUGCAUUGGGGAGAGAAACACCCGAUAUUUCAUGGCUUUUCUUUUAUGGCAUUUCCUUUUAUGUAUGUAUGGAACAGUUGCUGUUUGUUUAAUACUCGCAGGAAGACUAAAAGAAUUGAAAGUUGUUUAUAUUCUAACAGUCUAUUAUGGAAUAGAAAAUUCUUUUUGGGAUUUAGCUCCCCAUGUUGCACAGUGGUUGUUGGGAUCCUACAACACACAGAUUCUUCUUAUAGUGUUCCUUGCAAUUGUUGGGAUGCUGUUAGCUGGAUUCUUUGGUUACCAUGCAAAGCUUUGCCUUAGCAACACUACCACUAAUGAGACCUUUAAGUGGCAAGAGUACAUGGACUGGCAGAGAAAGUUUAAAGAAGCGCAGGCCAGUGCUGCAGCGCUAAGACAAAGUAUCAGUGGAAUAAACAGUGAAAAAAAACAGCCCAAAUCAAGCAGCAAAUGGAGAGCAUUCUUUCGAAGAUCACCUCUAGAAGAUGUGGUAGUUGUUAAGAAUAAUGUUUAUAAUAAAGGUUUCCUUCACAAUAUUCACGAGGUUAUUUCACCUCUCUCUACAAGGCAGUCCUUUACACAAACAAAGUUUAAGUCUAGGUGAGUAUGCUCCUAACACACAUUUCCUUUUAUAGCGCUAUUGAAGGUCUCGGUGGCUAGUUGCACAUGAUUUUAAAUGGGUAUGUCUAUACAGUUCUUUAGACUACCCCAUAAUUCAAUGUGAAAGCCAGAAAUAUGGUAUUAAUUGUGUUGAAGGAGUUCAGGUCUAGUUUUAGAUUGAAAGUUGAUUAUUUGAUAGUUCUUGUGUCUGUGGAUGUGUUGAUUGCGUUGUACUGUUUCAUAUUAACAGAAGUAGAAAUGUAUACACACUACAUUUUAUAUUGGUAACUAGGGGUAUUGCUCAUUUCAAACUUAAGGUAUACAGUAUACUAUAGAGAAUAACUGAUAAUGUCAGUGGAGCUAUGCAUGGUCAAUUGAUAUUUACUUAUUUUUAAGCUAGAAUGGUAGGAUCAUGAAGGAGUCUCUGAUUUGUAAUUGUCUUUCUUGCGGAGUUAAAGAUGAACGUGAACGCCUAGAAUGAUCGAGUCAAGAACGCACGAUGUUGCUUAUUUUCCAAAUAGAGUUUCUAAAUAGACCAUCAACAAAGUUAACUUUAUUUCAAGGAUUUUACCAGGCACCCAUAAGGGGCAUCCCACACUCCUACAAUUUUAAAAAAAUUCAAUUUUAAUCCUUCUUUAAUAUACUUUUCCAUACAAUUUCAAUUUUAAUCCUACCUUAUAGGGUUUAGAUUUAUAUUGACACCAACACAUAUACUA